GGCCCCCAGGGCAGCCCUGGCCGCCCCUCCCCUCCAGCACGGAUCCCGUGUCCUGCAAGCCCUGUACCUGUUGCUCCUGGGGUCCCUCCCCUGUGCUCUAGCCAUGGCCGCAUGCAAAGAGGAGGAGUACCCGGUGGGCUCCGAAUGCUGUCCCAAGUGCAGCCCAGGUUACCGGGUGAAGGAGGCCUGUGGGGAGCUGACUGGCACGGUGUGUGCCCCCUGUGACCUGGGGACCUACACGGCCCACCUCAAUGGCCUGAGCGAGUGCCUACAGUGCCGAGUGUGUGACCCAGCCAUGGGCCUGGUGACCAGGCAGAAGUGCUCCCAGACAGAGAACACUGUGUGCGUCUGUGGCCAGGGCUACUUCUGCGUCAGUGAGGAUGGGGACGACUGUGCAGAGUGCAGUCCCCACACGCCCUGCAGACCUGGCCAGAGGGUGCGGGCCAGAGGCACGGAGCGGCAGGACAGGGUGUGUGAAGACUGCCCUCCUGGGACCUUCUCACCCAGUGGGACCCUGGAGGAGUGCCAGCCCUGGAGCACGUGCGACGGCCCUUUGCAGACACGAGCGGAGCCCGGGACCAGCAGCUCAGACGUCACGUGCUCCUCCCUGCUGCCCGCUGUGGUGGGCAGCGUCUGUGUUGCCGCUGCGGUGUUCUGCCUCCUAGUCCUCGGGAUAAGGAUGAGAAGGAGACGGACGCCCGGGGGACCCACGAAGGCGGGACUAUUUCACCAGGUCCCGCGGGUCCCACCAGACGUCACCACAGUGGCUAUGGAGGAGACAACGUCUGUGUCCCCCGGGACGGAAUGACCCACUUAUGGAUGGAUGGAUCCUGGAGGCAGACACCCAAGCAAGCCGUCCUGGGCUGUGCCUACUAGAAGGUGCCAAGGUCCCCAGGGGCCCUUCCCCGGGCUGACUUCACACUUUACCCAACAGAGCAAGACUGGCCCUGCUCAGGGGUCCCUGGGGACCCCACCUGUGUCCCAUCCAUCUCGUGAAGGGCCCAGAGCCCUCCCCUCACCUCUGCGCAGGUGAGGACCCAGCCACGACCCACUCUUGGCUCCACUCAUCCCCAGCCCUCUGAGCCCCAGCUUGCCCAUCUGCAGGAUGGGCCUGCCAGCACCUACCUCACAGCGACACAGGAUGGACCACAAAUCUGGCGUGAUAACAGGCCAUAAAUGAUUUCUCAAUGGGAUUAAGAUUACUCAACCAAUAACCAAUAAACAUGUUUUAAAAUUUGUUGUUAGAAA